AUGCGAGCUUCUCGCCGAGUAUUGCGCUGGGUUCCUCCCUCCAGCCUCGCAGCUAGUCGGACAUGGCAAGCGAUACCGAAUAGAUUCUGCACAGGCCGUCAUGACCUUCCCUCUAAAUCGCCAGUCCUGCAAAGGACGGCCGGACAAGCUAGACCGUUCUCCUCGACUAGCCCGGUCAAAUUCAUGCUAUAUGGAGACUCCACGAUAUACGCGCUCUCGACUGCAACGGGACGAGCAGCCAUUGCAGUUGUGCGCAUAUCCGGUCCAGCCUGUACUUCAAUAUACAAAAAGCUUUGUCCAAAUACUCCCCUCCCAAAACCCCGCUACGCAGCCCUCCGCACCCUCUACGACCCAACCCACCCACCAACCAAAAACACAAUCCUCGACGCCGGCGCCUUAGUCCUCUACUUCCCCGCACCACGAACAGCAACAGGCGAAGACAUCCUCGAACUACACAUCCACGGCGGGCCAGCAAUAACAAAAGCCGUUCUGUCCGCAAUCUCCCAAACAAACACCCAGACGCAUACAGUUCGCUACGCCGAACCAGGCGAAUUCACCCGUCGCGCCUUCAUGAACGACCGUCUCAGCCUCCCGCAAAUCGAAGCUCUAGGUGACACCCUCUCCGCGGACACAGAACAGCAGCGUCGACUAGCGGUGCGCGGCUCAAGCGACGCGCUGAUAAAGCGGUAUGAAAGCUGGCGACAGGAUCUACUGUAUGCGCGCGGCGAGCUGGAAGCGCUGAUUGAUUUUGCCGAGGACCAGCAUUUCGACGAGUCGACGACGGAGCUGGUUGAGUCUGUUGCCGGGCAGGUGAGGGCGCUGUGUGUGCAGAUUGGGUUUCAUGUUGCUAAUGCGUCGCGUGGGGAGUUGUUGAGGAAUGGGAUAAGGGUUGCGCUGCUGGGUGCUCCGAAUGCGGGGAAGAGCUCGUUGCUUAAUCGGGUUGUUGGGAAGGAGGCGGCGAUUGUUAGUACUGAGCGGGGGACGACGAGGGAUAUUGUUGAUGUUGGGGUGGAUUUGGGGGGUUGGUUUUGUAAGCUGGGGGAUAUGGCGGGGAUAAGGGCGGAGGGGGUUAUUGGGGCUGUUGAGAUGGAGGGGAUUAGGAGGGCUAGGGCUAGGGCUUUGGAGUCGGAUGUUGUUAUUGUGGUUGUUUCGUUGGAGGAUACUGCGGAUGGAGUGAGGUUGGCUGUUGAGCCGGAGGUUCUGGAUGCAGUUAAUGACUGUGUGGAGGCGGGGAAUUGUCUCGUUGUUGCGAUUAACAAGUGCGACAAGCUGCCUGCUGGUUUGGGAAGUGGUGUGCCGAAGUCAUUGUCUGAUACGAUUCAGGAUAUCUUCCCAGCGGUUCCUGCAGACCGUGUAUUUGCCAUUUCCUGUGAAGAAGCUCAGGGAGCGUUGUCGGAGACCACUGCAGACCCGGGGCAUUUGCAGGCCUUUCUACGUGGUCUGAUAUCGACCUUUGAACAGAUUGCCUCGCCUUUAGGGGACGGAGUGGAGGGUCAAUAUGAUCUUUCAUAUUGGGAAGAUUCUCUAGGUGUCACGCACCGCCAAAGCUCUAAUUUACAAAAAUGUCUCGAUCAUCUCGGUGAUUUCCUGUCCCAGGCUGCGCCUGCAUCCCCCGAGUCCACGCAGGAAGAGCGCGGUUCUCUUGCCGAUGAGUGUGAAGUCGACAUCGUCACUGCUGCAGAACACCUGCGCUUUGCGGCAGAUAUGUUGGCCAAGAUCACAGGAAAGGGCGAGAGCGGUGAUGUUGAGGAUGUGUUGGGUGUUGUCUUUGAGAAGUUCUGUGUUGGCAAGUAG